UCAGGAGAUGUAACUGAACCCUGAACCCAGGUCUGUGGCUGCAGAGCACCGAGCAGAACCUGAACCAGGUGUGUGUCUGUGUGUGUGUCUCUGUGUGUGUCUCUGUGUGUGUGUGUGUGUGUGUGUGUGUGUGUGUGUGUGUGUGUGUGUGUGUGUGUCUCUCUCUUUCUGUGUGUGUGUGUGUUUCUCUCUCUCUCUCUGUGUGUGUGUGUGUGUGGGUCUGCAGCUGUUGGUUGUUGGUGAUUUAUUUAGAAACUGAAGCUCAGUCGUCAGCUGUGAACGACCAUGAGGCAAAGACCAGAACCUGGAGUGGGACUUCAGAACUGAAGAGUCCCCUGCAGGUUCUGAAGCGUGUGGGACUGACGGAGGACAUGGACGGACUCUGAUCCUGAACCAGGGCGGCGCUGGUCUACGAACCUGUUCUGGGUUCAGUCUGAUAAUGAAGCUUUGGGCCAUGUUACCAUGGAAACUCUGUAUCCAUCUGAGUCUGCUGCUGGUCCAGCUGAGUUUACCUGAAGUUGCAGCUUCCUGUCGCAUCCUGAGAUGUAAUUCUGACUUUGUGGCUGCGACAUUGGACCUGGGCGGCGGCGGUGGCGGCAGCGUUGGCGGGAUUGAUGGCGUUGGAAGAGGUGGUGGACCAGAUGGAGCAGCUCUGAGCAGGGAGGCGGUGAACACCGGUUACUGCAGCGCCCUGCGCUCCUACGGCAUGUGCACAAAACGGAUGGCACGGGCGUGUCGCGGUGACCUGGCGUACCACUCUGCGGUUCAGGGCAUCGAGGACCUCCUGAUCCAGCACCGCUGCACCCGAGUUGGGCCCACAGCCCAGCCCCGCCCCCUCCCUCAGGGCACGCUGUCGGGAGAUGCCUGCUUUUACGAGAGGAGCUUCUUGAGCAGAGAAGGUCGGACACCAGAGUACCUGCACUGUGGCGUGUUCGGAGACCCACACAUCAGAACCUUCCACGAUGACUUCCAGACGUGUUCCAUGCAGGGGGCGUGGCCUCUCAUGGAUAACGAAUACCUGUACAUACAGGCCACCAGCUCGCCAAAGAGGGCGAGCUCACAUGGCACGGUGCUCACAAAGAUAACCAUCAUCUUUAAAAAUGUGCGUCAGUGUGUUGGUCAGCAGCUCUACCAGGCCGAGCUGGACAACGUCCCUGCGGCGUUCGCUGACGGCUCGGUGUCGAGUGGCGAGUUGCAAGGUCACCACAUCCUGACUGUCUGGACUCGCAUUGCUGGCCGACACGUCGAGAUCCGAGCGGCUCACAUUGGCACGCUGCUGGUGGUGCGUCAGAGCGGCCGGUCGCUCGGCUUAUCGAUCCGGUCGCCGCGUGACGUCAUGGAGGCCUUUGGCCCCGACCAGGACCUGCAGCUGUGUGUGUGGGGCUGCCCCCCCUCCCAAAGAUUCAACACGCUGCGCCCGCUGCCGCCGCUGGACUCCUCGCAGCCUGAUGAUGUCAGCGCCCAUGACCACUGUGCUACGCUGCUUCCUGCCCAAGAUGUUUACUACCAGGCCUGUGUGUUUGACCUGAUCACCAGCGGAGACCUGAACUCCAGCACAGCCGCCGUCAGUGCGCUGCAGGAUGCCAGAAACAUGAUCUCAGAGCAGGAGAGAGUUCACCUGCUGCUGGUCACCUCCGCCGAGCAACGAGCACAACCACACCUGACACUGCUGCUGCUGCCGCUCGGCAUGCUGGGACCUCUGAGCAGAGCCUGAAGCAGCAGGAAGUCAUCGGAAGGAAGUCACUCCGCUUAGACUGAAACUAACAGCAGGACAACACGCCCGAGGUUACGUGUUCAUAAUCUGUCGCAGAUGAAGUGAGGUUCUAAUCAGAACACAUGAUCAUGUUUUAAUCUGCCGCCAUGUUUCCUCAUUUGUGGAGCGUAAACUUGAUUCUGUAAAAUAUUAACUAUCAACGUUUACAUCUCGAACAAGAAAAAAAAAUGUAGUUGAUAUUUAUUGAAAAACUGCAUAAAACACUUGUGUGUGAUGAGGAUGUGACAUCAUCAGGUGGGUGGAGCAAUGAUCACACAUCGUCAUGCUGACAUCGUCACGUUCGCUUGGAUCUUUUCUGGCAUCAGAACUUUCUUACAGCAGUGCAUUCUGGGUCUGGUAGUCGACUUGAAAAUAAUUAUAAUAAUUAAAGCUACAAGUAGCAAUGAUUAAA